GGUGCUGACACACUUCCGGCCUUUGUGACUCAUUGUGUCUGUGUCGAGGCGUCGGGAGGGCCUAAGUCCGUGUGCGGUGCCCUUCGGCCGGCCUGAGCCCCAGAGCCAGCUCCCCUUUCUCGCCCAGCGCCCCCAGGCCGCUCCCGGGGCUCACGGAAUAGUACAGAAACACAUCAUAAAACGUCUCCCAGGAUUUAAAGGCAAGCGCAGACCCUGUUUGGAUCAAAUCAGUUCCUGGAGCUUGAAUGAUGACCGCUGAAUCACGAGAAGCCACGGGUCUCUCCCCACAGGCUGCACAGGAGAAGGAUGGUAUUGUAAUAGUGAAGGUGGAAGAGGAAGAUGAGGAAGACCACAUGUGGGGGCAGGAUUCCAGCCAACAGGACACGCCUCCUCCAGACCCAGAGAUAUUCCGCCAACGCUUCAGACGCUUCUGUUACCAGAACACUUUCGGGCCCCGAGAGGCUCUCAGUCGGCUGAAGGAACUUUGUCAUCAGUGGCUGCGGCCAGAAGUAAACACUAAGGAGCAGAUCCUGGAGCUGCUGGUGCUGGAGCAGUUCCUUUCCAUCCUGCCUAAGGAGCUCCAGGUCUGGCUGCAGGAAUACCGCCCCGACAGUGGAGAGGAGGCCGUGACCCUUCUAGAAGACCUGGAGCUUGAUUUAUCAGGACAGCAGGUCCCAGGUCAAGUUCAUGGACCUGAGAUGCUCGCAAGGGGGAUAGUGCCUCUGGAUCCAGUUCAGGAGUCCUCGAGUUUUGACAUUCAUCACGAGGCCACCCAGUCCCACUUCAAACAGUCCUCUCGGAAACCUCGCCUCUUACAGUCGCGAGCUCUUCCUGCCACCCACAUUCCUGCACCCCCUCAUGAGGGGAGUCCCAGAGACCAGGCAAUGGCAUCUGCACUAUUCACAGCAGAUUCCCAGGCAAUGGUGAAGAUUGAGGACAUGGCCGUGUCCCUCAUUCUGGAGGAAUGGGGAUGUCAGAAUCUGGCUCGGAGGAAUCUCAGUAGGGACAACAGGCAGGAAAAUUAUGGGAGCGCGUUUCCCCAGGGUAGUGAAAACAGGAAUGAGAACGAGGAGUCAACCUCAAAGGCCGAAACCGUGGAAGACUCGGCAUCACACGGGGAGACAGCCGGAAGAUUCCAGAAAGAGUUUGGAGAGAAACAUGACCAGGAGAGCAAAACAGGAGAAAGACAGCAGAAGAACUCUGAGGAGAAAACCGGGAAAGAGAAGAGAGAUUCAGGGCCAGCUACAGGAAGGGACAAAAGAACCACCACAGGAGAGAGAGGCCCAAGGGAGAAGGGGAAAGGAUUGGGAAGAAGCUUCAGCCUGAGCUCCAACUUCACCACCCCUGAAGAAAUUCCCACAGGAACAAAGUCUCACAGAUGUGAUGAAUGUGGUAAAUGCUUUACAAGAAGUUCAAGCCUUAUCCGCCAUAAAAUAAUCCACACUGGAGAAAAGCCCUAUGAAUGUAGUGAGUGUGGGAAAGCCUUCAGUCUUAACUCCAACCUUGUCCUACAUCAGAGGAUCCACACGGGAGAGAAACCUCAUGAAUGUAACGAGUGUGGGAAGGCCUUCAGUCACAGUUCAAAUCUCAUCCUCCAUCAGCGCAUCCACUCUGGAGAGAAACCUUAUGAAUGUAACGAAUGUGGGAAGGCCUUCAGCCAGAGCUCAGACCUCACCAAACAUCAGAGAAUCCACACGGGGGAGAAACCCUAUGAAUGUAGUGAAUGUGGAAAAGCUUUCAACCGAAACUCAUACCUGAUUUUGCAUCGGAGAAUUCACACUCGAGAAAAGCCCUACAAGUGCACUAAGUGUGGCAAGGCCUUUACCCGCAGCUCCACGCUCACUCUGCAUCACAGAAUCCACGCCAGAGAGAGAGCCUCUGAGUACAGCCCAGCCUCCCUUGAUGCGUUUGGCGCCUUCCUGAAAAGUUGUGUGUAAAGCAAGAAUUUGCCAUGAAGCCAUUUCCCCCUUUUGUUUCUAAAAUUAUUUCAGAGAUGUGUGCCCAUAGAGGGAAAAAGAAAUACAGCCUCCACGGAUUAGAAAACAAAAAUCACACUUAAGGAUCCUUCUGGUCACAUCAGCAGUGUUCUGCCUUUGUGUAGUAGUUGAGCAUAUAAUCCUUCCACACAGUCCCUGCAGGGAAAAGCUUAUGUGAUGGAUAAUCCACGUGAGAUUUCCAUACAAGAUAAAAGCACACGCAUAGUAAAAUGUCAAGCUUUUUCAAGGUAACGAGGAUACCUUUAAGGCACUCUUUGACUCCGGCAACCACAACGUAAUAGUUAAAAGAUCAAGAUUGGCUCCACGAACAUGAUACGGAGGUUAAGAUGCUACUUACUGCAAACAAGCCCUACUUUGGCCAACAUCUUGCUUAUUUCUCAAAAAAGAGGAACAGUGAAAACAAAAAUGACAUGGGGACAUGCUGCUCAAGCUAGUUAUGUAUAUGAUAAGUUACAUAUAUGAUCACUGGUAGCCUACCAAAGCUAUAGAAAUCUAGGACUGUGCUAGUCAGUAUCAAACCAAAGAUUUCUAUCUCUUCCUGCAAGAGAGGGUAUGUGCACCAGUCUACAGUUCCAAAGGACUGCAACAAAUGUAGAUGGUUCUAUCCUCAUCCCUGAGAUCAAUUCUACUGAAAUGGCAACAACAACUCAAAAUACUUCUCUCCCUUCUUGAAAUCCCUAAAGCACUAGAGCACUCCCAAAUGCAUUUCUCUGCAAGUUAGCACUUGAUUGUAUACUGUCUUUUAAUCCUUCAUUGUUUCAUGUAUGAAGUUUUUAAUCACCCCACCCCAAAAAAAUGAUUCGGUUGUCAAGGGAUAUAUUUCUGUCCCUGCCAGCACAGUGCUGGACAUAGUGAGUGCUGAAAACCUAAGAAGCACUCAUUAAGACUGACUUCUAACAGGACUUCUAUGUGUGUGAUAAAGGCCUGUGAAUCGUGAGUCCCUGAAAUACAGUAGCCUGGCCUAGGUUCUAAAGAGGACCUUUGUAGCCACAAGGCAUGCUAAACCUCGAGGGUCUGAUGCUAUUUUUGUUCCAAAUAUAAACGAAAGGCACUGGUUAGCCGCCUGCAUAGACUUUCUAAACACAGAUCACUGAGUGAAUACCAUGGAAUGUCAGAAGUGACUCUACCAUCGUCAUCUUAAAGAAGAAAAAUAACACUGACUAAGGUCAUUUUUUUUUUUAAUCUCCUUAUGUGGCGAAGCUCUUAGAAUUGUUUUAGCUUCUGAACAGUGUAAUGAUUUGGGGAUUUUCUGAAUCAUUUGUAACUUAGAUACUGGAGCUCAGAAGAUGUGAUUUUUAUUGCCUUUCAGAAAAAGGAAUGUGGUAAAGAGCAUUUUUUUCCACACUUUUCCAGUAACUGCAAAAGCAUUAGUUGUUAACUGGCAAUUACUAAAUGCAUUUUGUUGCUCUGAGAAGCUCUCCACUGUACUGAGAUGUGUCUGGCUGUGUCAUCAUGAUGCACAGUGACUUUUCUGUUUCUCAUCACUAGAGAUCGAGGUGAAGUUAUGAAACUUUCAUUGGUCCCAUCGUCUGUUCAGAGGGUGCAACUGCCUACCUAGAAGCUGAUGGCAGAGACUGUUUCACACACAGGAAACCCAUGUAUUGUGGGCUGUGUAGGUAGUCAUCUGCACUCAAGUAGGACAAGGGUCCUACCCAAGGGUAGGACAGCCCUGCAGAAACUUAGAAACAUAAGCUGAGAACAAACCUCAAGACUAUCAGUGUGACCUCCCCAUAACAAGAGAACCCCAUAUACAGUUUGAGACUUUCACUUAAGAAACUUAAACUAAAACUGUAUUCUUGAGUCUUUCACUGAUCAACGGCUGACAUCCAUGGGUCCAAAUGGUUUUAUGUGGUGCCAACUAAGUGGGAGCUAAAAUUGUGCACAGUGGCCGUUCUUUGGCCUCCCCUUGACUUUAUGACUUAAAUCAACCACAACUACUUAUAGCUUCUAAGCAGUUUCAUCAAUGUUACUCGGGAAAACAUGUUGCAAGUCAACCAGUCACCAGGAUAUUUCUACCCAUGCAAUGGAGGAAAAACCUGUUACUCCAGAAGAGUAUAUUUAAGCAACUUUUUAUGGUAAAGUGGAGGUAGAAAAUGUAUUAAGGAUUUUCUUCAAAGAAUAAGCCACAACAAUGGUUGUGUGGAAAACUGCUGGUGCUUUUGAGCAAGGACUUUUGCCCUCUAGAAGGCAACCGAGGCCGGAUGCCGUGGCUAACACCUGUAAUCCCAGCACUUUGGGAGGCCAAGGUGGGUGGAUCACCUGAGGUUAGGAGUUUGAGACCAGCCUGGUCAACAUAGUCAAAUCCCGUCUCUACUAAAAAUACAAAAAUUAGCUGGGCAUGGUAGCAGGCACAUGUAAUCCCAGGUACUUAGGAGGCUAAGGCAGGAGAAUCACUUGAACCCAGGAGGCAGAGGUUGCAGUGAGCCAAGAUUGUGCCAUUAUACUCCAGCCUGAGUGACAAGCAAAACUCUGGCUCCAAAAAAAAAAAAAAAAAAAGGCAACUGCAAGUGAGGUGUGGAACUCCAGGCAACAAUCCAAACACUGACCUUGUUUUUUAAGAGGGAAAGGACUUUGGUCAUGUUUACAUUGGCUUUUUUUCCUUUCAGCCACAGGUAUACGCUGAUACGAUUUGGCCAUCAUUUUUGGGUUUUGUUUUUGAAUGGAAAAUGUGAGCUGUGCCCUCACAUUUAAUUCCAUUUCAUUGGGACAUCUUCCUGACUUUGUUGGAUAGCUGCCACUGGGAUUGCUUCAGAUCUUCAGCACGUGCUCUCCUUGAAGUAGCUAUUUGAAGAUGUGUUUUCUGAAGAAAAGAGGCUACAGCUGUUUAUUAAAACCACUUGCAGUGCAUUCAUUUAUCAGAUGCUCAGUGCAAAGUGUAAUUGGGUCGUGGUCAAAAAAUGUAACAUCUCAUUGGCGUUCGAGAUAGUCAUUCAAAAGUUUUUGGCUGGCUGAAGUUAACAGUUGAAACACCCUCUGGUUAACCAUUAGCAUGCUAGUUGCCCUAAUGGAAAUUUUUGAAGAGUUUCUCAAUAUAUACUCUGCCCUUGCCAGGAGGAGAAGUAAAAUCUUCAGGUUGUGGCGUAUUUGUUUCUGCUCCAGCCUGGAAGGCAAGGCUAAAACCUGAGAAUAUUGAUGUAUGAGACAUCUUGAUAUUAAGGCACUUAAUAUUAAAGGCAUAAAAGUGAAACUGCUAAAUACGUGUAGAGAGAUUGACGUGUGAUACGUGGGACAGUUCAUAUAGACGUCAGAUAAUUUAUUCCAGAAAGGAACCUCUUGAAUGUGAUGAAUAUGGCAAAGCCUUUAAUCACAUCUCAGCCCUUAGCAUCAGAAAGCCUACACUGUAAAUAAACUUUAUGAAUAUUAUGUGUGAGGAAAACUUUCAUGUAUAGCACUCAUUUCUUCAGACAAAAUGAAUUAUAUCGUUAUGUUCCAGUCAUGUGAUUAAUUUGAGAAACACUGCAAGAGGGAGCUCAAUCGUGGCCCAGCACGGUGGCUCACACCCAUAAUCCCAGCACUUUGGGAGGCCGAGGCGGGUGUAUCACGAGGUCGGUAGUUCGAGACCAGUCUGGCCAACAAGGUGUGAAACCCUGUCUCUACUAGAAAUUAAAAAAAAAUUAGCCGGGUGUGGUGGCGCAUACCUGUAGUCCUAGCUACUCGGGAGGCUGAGGCAGGAGAAUCGCUUGAACCUGGGAGAUGGAGGUUCCAGUGAGCUAUCAAGCCACUGCACUCCAGCCUGGGUGACAAGAGUGAGACUCCAUAUCAAAAAACAAAAAAGGGAACUCAGUCUUAACUGCAGAGGAUCUACAGACUGAAAAGAAAAUGUGGGGAAAUGCUUUAAAAAAAAUAGCAAAAUGUGCGACUUCUUUAAAAAAUUGUUAAUGUUGGGUACUUCCAUAUAUUUUAUAUGACCAUAAUGUCUGUCUGUGUUUUGUACCUUCAGUCUCUGUUACUGUUCUGUGUGUUAUCUGUAAGCAGAUUCUGUGUUUUAUUUUAGUCUGUUUGACAGAACAUAUCACUCAAAAAUGAAGUUUCGGAGCAAACUGAAGUAACCAGUGUGGUUGUAGACAGAAAGUCAGCUCACAGAACAAAGCAGCGGGGAGAUGAAGGGAAAAGUUUCAUAGUUCGGUGCUUAUCAAAUCAAGAUAUUGGUACAUUUGUGAGGAAAGACAGGAUAAUGGGGCACUAAAAUGGAACUCCUUUAAACAUGCAGCAUUUUGAGUUUUUCUUCAAAACCAAGAGGUUGACCUCUGAACUGUCAGGUCACCAUUGCACACAAAGGGGUGGAUUCUCUUGUCAGCAGAGGGUCUUCUCCAUGAAGUGAGAGUGGGAAGUGUACAGGAAUGGCCAAGUGGGACUGCUUAAGCUGACCAGGUUCUUUAAACUGAACUCAUGCUUUCCCACUGACUCACUCUUAAAUCCUUAUGCUUAGAAAAUUGGGGAAAGCACUGGCUGGGCUCGGUGGCACACACCUGUAAUCCCAGCAUUUUGGGAGGCUUUGGCAGGCGGGUCACUUGAGGUCAGGAGUUCGAGACAAGCCUGGCCAAUAUGGUGAAACCCCGUCUCUACUA